GUGUUUUAACACCGCUUAGUAGUAAUAACAGCAGCUACGAACCGGUCGCUCGUCAAUCUCCUCAUCGAAUCGUUAUCGAAUGAUCGAUCGAUAUUGUGAGAACAGAUGUGUGCGUAUAUAUAUAUAUAUAUAUAUACACACACAGCUACGCAUAACGCGACGCGCAUUCGAGUUCGUGCUCGUAACGGUGCCCUCGCGAGAGAACAAGUGUUUCAGCCGGCGCGUUGGCGACACCGGGUCAGCUUCCUCUCUGCUUCUAGAUCAAAUGACGAGAUGCCGAGGCUGUUCUAUCUGUUCUUACUAACGGCUCUAAUGAUGAGCACAGAAGCGGCGAAGGGCGGCGGUAGAGGGGCUGGUAGAGGUCGCGGCCGAGGAAGGGUCUACGGCUCGCGGAUGCCCAUCCUGAUACCUCAUCGAAAUCCCGCCAGUGCGCAUUACUACGAAAACAAAGACGGCGCCAAGAUCGUGAAAGCGUCCCACUUUGAGCUGGACUACAUGCUGGGCAGGAAGAUCACGUUCUUCUGCAUGGCUACGGGUUUCCCGAGACCGGAAAUCACCUGGCUGAAAGAUGGGAUCGAGCUCUACCAUCACAAGUUUUUCCAGGUGCACGAAUGGCCGGUCGGCAAUGACACGAUAAAGUCAAAAAUGGAGAUCGAUCCGGCAACGCAGAAGGACGCGGGAUACUACGAGUGUCAGGCGGACAAUCAGUACGCCGUUGACCGCCGAGGCUUCAGAACGGACUACGUCAUGAUCUCGUAUUAAACACGUUCACUGAUCGUAGGCUCUGUGAUCGCGCAGUAUCCUAGCACGAGUAUAGAUCGAUAGAUUUUUACCUGAAAAAAAAAAAACAAAAAAAAAACAGAAAAGAGUAACCGUUUACCGUUUAUCACUCUAAUCGGAGAGAUAUCGAGGAGAAAUUAGUCAAACCCUCUCACACGAAUAAUCGACAAAAGACUGAUCGAGCGAGAUGUAAAAUUUACAUUGCAAAACAUUCCGCCCGUUUUUCUUCCCUUUUUUUUUUUAACGCGAGAAAGCAGAGAUUUUGUCCCACGGUUUGCACACCGACCAACGGAGCCCGUUCUCUUCUGCCGACUCUUUUUCACGCGGCUGUCCGUUCGACAGCAUUCACAUCGUGAGACAGUAUCGAAUAGUUCGCUUCCUUUUUCGAAGGCAAAAUAAAACGAUCGAUUUUUCUCCCGUCGAGAGUGCCGACGAGAGACGUACGCAGAUACGAAUAACAAAUCCGGCGGUUCCCCCCCAGUUCUUAGUCGUUAAAGCAUAAUUGACUGUUAUAAGGGUAAUACGUCUGUAGCGCGCGAGGAAUAUAUCGAAAAUGGUUCAUCACCGUGAAUUUAGCGAGCCAAUUGUGUCGCACAAAAGUGACGUGGAAGGAUAUAACACUAUUGCGUUGGCAACGCGCGCGGCAAAUCUGUAGCACAACGUAAAAUAAAUCAUUCGCAUAAACUC